AUGCUCCCGCGAGCUCUGUGUCUUCGACCACAAGAGCUGCUUGAGCUCAGCUCAUGGCCCUUCUACUUCCCGGCUAUUGCCGGGAAGCGCGGGGCGUCUGAUGACGCGAGACGUCCUGUUCUUUCCGAUCGAAAGCGUCCACGGCGACUGGGCAAUCUUGCCGAAGUGGCGCCUAAAACUCCCACGAGUUUUCGGAGUCGGGAUAUCCCCGCCACUUCACCAGGUAUUGGGUUCGACCCUGGUGACGACGUCGUCCAACAAGACAUUCCACGUGAUAGUAGACGUCACCGUUUUCAUCAAGAAAAAUCGUUGGCGGGCGGUGACGACCGGGUCGACCGCCGUCCAGUGACUCAUGAUGCUCUUCGAACCCUUGAGAACAAGGUCUUUCGUAAUCGGAACAUCGCUGAGCGUCAUGCUGAAGUAGCAUAUCGCUGUGCGGACGCUCUUGACAAUUUAAAGCACGUUGUGCGCCGGCUGCCUCGUCUUGAGGACUACCGCUCUCAGUCGAAGCGACUUCUAGCCGUGGAGCAGGCGGAUGCAUCGCUGCAGGCAACGGUGGAGCGCUUGGCCCCAUUGGAAGUGGAGGUUGUUGCACUCCGUGCUCAGAACCAAUUGCUGGUUCAACUUUUGGGUGGCCGCGGGCCCGUGGAUUCCGCUCCUGCGCCAACCCUACCGCGUUCACUUGCGCCGAAUCCCGGUACGGCUUGA